CGGGCGGAUAUUUUCAAAAUGGAAGAAAUGGCAAAGUUUUGGAGGGGAAUUGAUGAACUACGUGUAUUUACGCCCUGAUGAUAUUUCCAUCAGCUCUCCGUGCACCUUGACGACAGUGGAAUAUUUUUACAAGUCUGCAUGCAUCUGCGAGACCCAAACCCGGCACGAUGAGCCUCUCAAUCGGCGACAAAAUUGAGGAUUUUAAGGUCCUCACCCUCCUUGGCAAAGGCUCCUUUGCGUGUGUCUACCGGGCAAAAUCAGUCAAGACCGGUGUGGAGGUUGCUAUCAAAAUGAUCGACAAAAAAGCCAUGCACAAAGCUGGUAUGGUUCAGCGUGUGACUAAUGAGGUGGAGAUUCACUGCAGACUCAAACAUCCUUCUAUACUCGAGCUCUACAACUACUUUGAGGACAGCAACUAUGUGUAUUUGGUGUUGGAGAUGUGCCACAAUGGAGAAAUGAGUCGGUACCUUAAAGAGCGAAAGAAACCUUUCUCCGAGGAUGAAGCGAGACAUUUCAUGCAUCAGAUAAUGAAAGGAAUGCUGUAUUUGCACACUCAUGGCAUCCUGCACCGUGAUCUGACCCUGUCCAAUCUCCUGCUGACGAGCAACAUGAACAUUAAGAUCGCCGAUUUCGGCCUCGCCACCCAGCUCAAGCUGCCGAAUGAAAAGCACUUCACCAUGUGUGGGACGCCCAACUACAUCUCCCCUGAGGUGGCGACCCGCAGCGCGCACGGCCUGGAGUCGGACGUCUGGUCACUGGGGUGCAUGUUCUACGCCUUCCUGAUGGGUCGCCCCCCGUUCGACACGGACACAGUCAAGCACACUUUGUCCAAAGUAGUGCUUGGGGACUACGAAAUGCCGACCCACGUUUCUUUAGAAGCUCAGGACUUGAUCCACCAGUUGCUGCAGAGAGAUCCCGCCCUGCGGCCCAGCCUCUCUGCRGUGCUGGACCACCCGUUCUUGACCCAGAGUCCACUGGUCAGGACCAAAGAGCUGAGGCUGGGGGACGACGGGUCCAUAGACAGCGGCAUCGCUACCAUCUCCACAGCUUGCACCUCCUCGUCCUCGGCCAGCAGUGGCACCCGACUCCAAAGGCGAACUAAGCACGUGAUCGGUUCGGCUCUGCCCAGUCGCAUGACGCCGUGUCUUCCACAGCAGCCCGGCGACGCCCGCUUCGAGGAGGGAGAGCAGCGGCACCGAAGGCACGGCCUUGACAGUUUUUACAGAGAUGGCAGGGGCAGAGCUGUUUAUGACGGAGAGGAUGGACAGCCUCAUUCCCGCUUCCUGAGGCGGGCUCAUUCAUCGGACCGCUGCAGUUCUGCCUCGGCGGGACAGAGUUCAUCGCAGGCUGAGCUGGGGCGAUGUCAUUCAGAGGAGACCCUGGCCAGCGUAGGACUUCCUGUCUUCCCCACCUCUUCCACUCCACAAACAUUCUCAGAGCACGGCAGGCUGCCCUCCCCUCCUGUCAAACAAUCUGCAAAUUCUGGCUAUUUAUCAGCAACGGAGAUGAUGCAUCCUCCAAACUUACAAUUUCAGGACAUGGAAGGAGUUUCUAACUGGCUUAAAAAUGAAACUCUGGGACAGAGGCCCACAGACGGCAGCACUCACAGCAGCAGCGGCAGCUUCCAUGGCAGCAGAGGCCCUUUAGCAGUUCACAGUUCCUGGUCGGAGCCCAUGGGCCGAGGCGUGCCCCCUCACCACAACCAGCACCACCUGCACAACCAGCUUCCCUCCAACCCCGACUCAUACAGGGAGAACUCACCCRGAGCAGAGUUCCAGCCUCUUCACGGCAAGGAGUUGAAGCUUCCUCCAUACAAACCCAGCGCCGACAACAAGAAGAAAACACUGCGGGACAUAAUCCCACCUCUGUGUGCAUCCAGACUCAAACCGAUCAGACAGAAGACCAAAAAUGCAGUUGUCAGCAUCUUGGAUACGGGUGAAGUGUGCAUGGAGUUGUUAAAAUCCCAAACUGGGCAAGAACGAGUCAAAGAAGUCCUACGGAUUUCCAGUGAUGGUUCAAUGGUGACGAUCUACCAGCCAAAUGAUGGAAAGGGUUUUCCUGUCCUGGACUGCCCUCCAGCUCCACCAGAAGAUAUUCUCAUCUGCAGCUAUGAGGACCUUCCAGAGAAAUACUGGAAAAAGUACCAAUAUGCCUCCAAGUUUGUGCAGCUUGUGAAAUCCAAGACUCCUAAAGUGACACUUUAUACUAAAUAUGCUAAAGUGAUGCUGAUGGAAAACUCGCCCAAUGCAGACCUUGAAGUUUGUUUUUACGAUGGAGCAAAAACCCACAAAACCUCCGAGCUGUUGCGAGUCGUGGAGAAGAGCGGGAAGUCGUACACCGUGAAGGGAGAGGUGGGGCUGAGCGGCCUGAGUCCAGAGAGCAGGAUCUAUGUGGAGUUAUCUGAUGAGGGCCAUAGCAUGUGUUUGUCACUAGAGGCCGCCAUCGCAGCAGAGGAGCAGCGGAGCGCCAACAAAAUCCCUUUCUUCCCCAUAACUAUUGGCAGGAGACCUGCCAGCUCAGACUCUCCAUCCUCGGUGCCGGUGUCAUCGCAGCAGGUGCCUCCUGACGCAGCUUCACCUCCUAAACCUCCACAGAUCACUCCUUCAAUGAUUUCCUAUGAUGGGUCUGAUUUCACUACAGCCAGCCUGAGUAAGAAAUGCUCUCCACAACAGCAGGACGUGGCUCAGAGCUCAGGGAAGGUGGUGAAAUCCAUAUUUGUGCCCAACGUUGGAUGGGCAUCUCAGCUGACGAGUGGGGAGGUGUGGGUGCAGUUUAAUGACGGCUCUCAGCUGGUGGUUCAGGCAGGAGUUUCCUGCAUCACGUACACGUCUCCAGAUGGGAGGAUAACCAGGUAUAAAGAGAACGAGAAGCUGCCAGAGCACGUCAAAGAGAAGCUGCACUGUCUCUCCACGAUUCUUGGACUGUUGGCGAAUCGACCGGCUCGUUACCUGCCAACUCAUUAAACACUUGAAGAGAAUAGAAAAUAGCAUUAGCCUUUGUGAUCUCAUUUGUCUGCCGUCCCUGUAAAUAUUCCUUCUAUGUGUGUUGGUCGGUUUUUACAUGUACAGAGGAUUAUGAAAAGAGUUUUAUUUUUAUUACUGAUUUUGUAYAGUGUCUAAAAUAGCUGUUAAGUUUUUUUCUACCAUUUUCAUAUGAACUGUGCAACUGAUGGAUGUGAAUAUAAUAAACAUCUAGAGGCUGGGUGGUGAAAAGCA